GGGAAGUUGAGGACCCAAAGGCAGAGAGCAGGCAGGCAGGAGAACAUUUGAGAUGGGAGAUUAUUCAUCCAGUAAACAACAAAGACAUGGACCCUUUUCCCAUCUGUAUGAUCAAAUGUUCAUACCCAAAGUACAACCAGAAAAUGAGUGGAAGCAUGAAGACAACUCUGUAAAGAUGUUUCACCACCUGGUGGAAUCUAAUAAUAAAAAGCUGGAGCUGGAGAUGAAGAAUAAGGAGAAUGGUCUGACUGAUGAUGACUUGAAUUUCAUCAAAAAGUUGAUUGAAGGACUGAAGGACCCUACAGAAGUCCAGUGGUCAAAGAUUGGUCGGACAGAGGACAAAUUCUUCCUGUUUGAAAUCGUGGCCAACAAAACCAACGGCAUUGAUGUGGACAAGUUUGACUACUUUGCCAGGGACUGCUACCACCUGGGCAUGAAGAACAACUUUGACCAUCUCCGCUUCAUACAGUUUGCCAGAGUGAUUAAAGUGAAAAAAGACGGGCUGAAUCACAUCUGCAGUAGAGACAAGGAGGUGGGCAAUCUGUAUGACAUGUUCUACACCAGGAACUGUCUCCACAGAAGAGCCUACCAGCACAAAGUGAACAAGAUCAUAGAGUAUAUGAUCGCAGAGGCCUUUGUAAAAGCAGACGAGCAUAUCAAGAUUAAAGGCUCAAGAGGGAAAGAGUUCACUCUCUCUACAGCCAUAGAUGACAUGGAGGCCUACACCAAGCUGACAGAUCAUGUGUUUGAACAAAUACUCGAGCUGGAUGAAGCAAAGGUCCCCAACUCUUCUUCCGCGGAUCUGGCUGAGGCAAGGAAGAUUCUAGAAAGGAUCAUCUCUCGAGAUCACUACAGGUUUCUGGGUGAAACCAAGCCUAGACAAGUCCCAACCAGGGAGAAGAUUAACGGUUGGAAAGAGGAAUUGGAUCAAGCCAGACAGGAUGAUCAUGAUCUGGAACCAAUACUCAACCCCUUCACUAGGGAGACGGCUGAGGCAUGUCGGAUUCUAUCUGAAGCCAUCUCUGGAACCCUCGACAGCUUCAGACAGCCAGAGAAACCCACAGAGGAGAGGAAACGUCAUUGGGAAAGGGAAUUAGCUGCAGCCGUCCCUGACGAAGGCGAUGGGGGUGUCACGCUGACAGCAGAGGACUUUGUAGUUCUUGUCACUACUUUUGACUAUGGAAUGAAAGACAAGGACCCCAUCAAUAAUGUGUAUUUCUACAACAAGAGAAAUCCUGACAAAGCAUUCAACAUCACCAGAGACCAGGUGUCCAAGCUUCUCCCAGCAUGCUUUUCUGAGCAGCUGAUUGGGGUUUACAGUAAGAAGACUGAUGACCAGAGUGUGGAGGCUGCCAGGAAUCACUUCGUCAAGUGGUGUGAAGAUAAGGGCUUGCCAAAAGCACAGUAUGGAGAAAUUGCAACACCGUAAAUCAUCCCUGGUGGAAAUAUCCAGAACAAUCCACCAGAUGUUUCAGAAAAUAGAGAUUAAAAGUCAAAAACAAAUCAAACACUCCCUGCUACUUAUUGGUUCAUUAGGAUUGAUUCUAUAAGGUGGAUUCUGAAUGUGACAGGUCGUCGUUGCAAAUGAGAAAUUGUUCUCAAUCGACUUACCUGGAUAACACCUGGAUAAAUAAAGGUAAAGAGGUGUAUUGUCAUCCUAUUUUAUCUGACCAUUCUAUAUAAAAUGCAUUUAAGCUUGAUCUGAACAUUUAUGACUGGUAUCUAAGAUUCAACAGGAGACCUCGGAUGAACUUUACUCUACUUUCAGAAGACGCCUCUCUGGAAACAUCUGGAAAGUGUUAUCAAUGGGGUCCCCAAGAUAUGGAAAAGAAGGCCAGUUGGCUUGUAGCCAUUGGUCAAUUAUUUAUCCCACCCUAAGUUAUGAAGAAUAGAUAUACCAUGUUCAAACAAAGAAAGUCAGAGGACCAUCAGAGAAUCGGG